AUGUCGUCGAAACUGAUCCCGGCCAACCCGGCCGACGUUAUGGUCAUCCGCAAUAUCACGCCCAGUGUUGUGACGUUCUCAGUGCCAUUCAAGAGGUUCGGCACGAUCCCCGUUGGCGGUCGAGGCACAGUGGUGAAACUCACCUCUGGCGCGCUCGCCGUCUUCUCGCCCGUCGCCAUGACCGAUGAUGUGAAAGCCAAGCUGGCCGAGCUCGGAGGCACGGUCAAGUACAUCAUCGCGCCGGACAUUGAGCACCACAUCUUCAUCACGGAGUGGCACCAGGCCUACCCCGAGGCCAAGAUCAUCGGCCCGGAGGGCCUGCCCGAGAAGCGUGUGAAGCAGUCCGCCAACGACCCCAAGAUCGGCAAGGAGGAGUUUGCCGUCGUCUUCACGGCCAAGGACAAGCUCAACAUCAAGGUCGACGAGGAGUUCGACCGCGACUUCCAGUAUGAGUACGUCGACAGCCACGCCAACAAGGAGCUGGUCUUCCUGUACAAGCCCGAGCGCAUCAUGAUUGAGGCCGACCUCAUGUUCAACCUGCCCGCUGAUGAGCAGUACUCGAGGUGCCCUGAGAGCGAGAAGAAGGUCGGUUUCCCGGGCAAGCUGUUUGUGAACAUGCAGUCGACCCAGGGCGAUGCGAAGGGCAUGAAGCGGUUCUUGUGGUACGUCUUGAGCGCAAGGGACAGGAACGGUUUCAAUGAGAGCGUCAAGAGGAUCAAUGACUGGGACUUUGAUACGCUUAUUCCUUGCCAUGGAGAGACGCUGGUUGGAACCGGAAAGGAGACGUUUACGCGCAUUUUCGAAUGGCACCUUUCUGGCAAGAAGUAG